AUGAUUCGCUGAGGAGCAGCUCGUGCUCUCUCCUCGUUGGCUGGAUUGUACACGUCAGCAGUCAAUAACUUGUAUCACCGUUCUGUCAUUCUCUUCCUGGUAUUACCGUGUUGACACUUCACUCUUCACUCGGUUCCUUCUGGGAGCGACUGCUUGGGGAAAUGACUUGGUUUUCCAGUGGAAAGACGGCCGUGUUGGAGAAAAAGGUUGCGCUCGGAUUAUAAGAGAAAAAGUCACGCGGCGUUUUGGGGCUUCCUUUGAAGAGCCGCACCAGGAAACGGAGGGUCGCGGCGCGGCGGGGACUUUUAACGAUGCAGACUCGCGCGAGGAGGUGAAUAAAAGCCAUAUCUGCUGAAGUCCAAAGUUUGCUUUCAGGAAGGAAAAUAUGAGGUUUCGGCUGCUCAGACGGAAUCUGCUCCUGCUGCUCGGAGUUAUCUUUGUACUUGUGACUCUGUUGUUUUCAACACGUGUGUUAGUUUCUGAAGAGGACACGACACCAUACAGCACCAGUAAUGGAAAUCGGGGAACGAAUUCUUGCGAGAUAUUUAACUUCGGCUCUGUGUCAGAAUUGACUCGGUCCGUUUACAGUGCCAAUUACAAGCAGUGUGUCCAUAAUGCAGAUAGGUUUCCUGGGGAGCCCCAGCUGGUGCUGGUUGUGCAGGUUCACAACAGGCCCGAAUACCUCCGGCUCCUCAUCAGGUCACUGGAGAGAGCUGCUGAGGUGCACAGUUUUCUCCUUAUCGUCAGCCAUGACUAUUUUUCACAGGAAAUCAACACAAUUGUGCAAGGGAUAACUUUCUGCAAGGUACUGCAGAUUUAUUUCCCCUUCAGCACCCAGCUGUAUCCCAAAGAGUUUCCUGGGCAGGACCCACGAGACUGUCCCCGAGACAUGUCCAAGGACAUGGCUCGGAAAACAGGAUGCCUCAAUGCUGACCACCCUGACUCAUAUGGACACUACAGGGAGGCCUUCAUCACUCAAACCAAACACCACUGGUGGUGGAAGCUGCACUUCGUUUGGGAGCGAGUUCGGGUGAUGCAGGGCUACAGCGGCUUUGCCAUCUUCCUCGAGGAAGACAACUACAUCUUACCAGACUUUUUCCACUUUUAUAAAUUAAUGAUUGAGUUUAGGAAGACAAGUUGCCUAGACUGCGACAUGCUGGCUUUGGGCAACCACAAUGGUGUGAUAGAUUUCACCAGCAUGUCUGAUAAGGUGUUGACCUCGGGAUGGAUGUCGACAAAGCACAACAUAGGCAUGGGCAUCUCUAGGGAGGUUUACUACAAGCUCAUGGGCUGCAGCAAUGACUACUGCACCUACGAUGAUUACAACUGGGACUGGACUCUGCAGUAUCUGUCCGGAACCUGCAUAUCAAAGCCCCUUAAGGUGCUGGUUGCACAGGGCUCCAGGGUUCUACACACCGGAGACUGCGGUCUCCACCAGAAGGACAACUGCAGACCAGAACAGGCCUCGCAAAAGGUAGAGGAGAACCUUCAGAAGGCCAAGGAAGGUCUCUUUCCUCCACGCCUUGUCCUCAGUAGGGCGGAGCCAGUGGAGCACAAGGCACACAUGAAGAACGGAGGUUGGGGAGAUGUCCGAGACCAUGUUCUAUGCAACAAUUAUUCCAAACGUCUAUGAGCUCCGCCUUUUCAUCAAUAGUCUACAAAUGUGCCAUCUUGAAGAACCUUCCAUGUGUGUCUCGGGAUGUAAUGGAUUUUGGGUUCUUUCUCUCUCAACCACCAAAGUCAUCACCUAAUGACUAUGGGACAAAGUGCAAAGUUGCAUGCUGGUCAUAUCUGAACUUUAAUUUUUCAUUUCACCAAAGUUCCACAAGUGCCAAAGUCUUUACAUUGUGACUGCAAGCUCAGCCUUUUGCGUUUCUGUCUGCCUCACAAGCCAAAGCAUCCGGAGAUGUGAUUCAAUGUUGGAUUAAACAGUAUCAAGAGGGUACAUUUUGUACUGAUUUAACUUCCUCUCAAAUGAAAAACCUUCAUAUUCUGUUUAUUUGUAUGUUUCUAGGGAAACGUUUGAGGAACAAUUUCUGCUUGUGUAUAGCUGUUUAGGGGAAGAUGUUUCCAUAUGUUUGUGAUGGUACAAUUGUAAAUCAGAUAACAUAGAGGCAAAUGUACAAACUUGGUUUCAAAAAUGUUCAUCUACCUUCAUCAAAUUUGAUGAAUUUUGGGGUUUGUUCAUCAGUUGUUGUAGUACCUUAUUUUGUUCACCUCAUACAAUAUGUAUCGGGUAAUGUGAACUGUUUUCUGUACUGGACAAUUGGGGCGUUUUUGUCCUUUUCCUAUUGUAUUGAUCUCCAGUUAGAGAACCAGAAAGUACUUUUUUCUUAUGCUCUUAUUUACUUUCUGAUAGGCCAAAAAGUGACCUUUUGGAACCAGGAUUUUGGUUCUGCAAACAUCAGGAUCACCUGCAAUGCUGCUUUUCUAUAUUUGCACCUUCUAUGUUCACAGAUUGAUUUUUUUAAAAUGAGAACAGAAUGAACUAAAUGAGAAUUUUAUUUAAGACAAAAAAUAAUUUCCUUCUGUUUCAUUAUUUUUUAUGUAAUUUUGUUUUUGCCUUCAAUCUGACCAAAAGUGCCUUGUUUGGAAAUUUCUUCUUAAAAUGCACUGACUAUAAAAAAAAACUAAGUACUUAAAACAUAUUUACAAUUUUGGGAAUUUUUUUUUCUUUUGGGAUAUUGUUUUGGUUCUGGUGGUUUUAUUCAUUCAAAUCUAAAUGGUGAUUUAUGGUUAAAGCGAUUUGGUUGGGGCUUCUUUCCUAACCCUGUUUUGGUGCACCUGAUUUGUAAUGAAUGUGAUUGUGAAAUGAAUUUCUGCUUGUGUUUUUGCUGACAAGAACAUCUCGAUGUCAACAUUGACGUUUGGGAGAGAUGAUGAUGACAAUCCAGUGCACAAAUAAUAAUUUCCAUUAAUUUUGUGUAUGAGCUUAUUAAUGACAACUUCUUUCUUGAGGAUGAAUCAAUGUUUUUCUUUGGUCACUUUUUUUCUAUUUGUUUUGAUCAUCACUUGAAGUAGCUUGACAUUAUUUGUUAGAUGGGAAAAAUGCUUGUGAAAAACAUGAACUUUCAUAAUUUCUUCAAAAAAAUGCUAAUAAAAAGUUUGUAAAGUGA